CCGUCGGCUGAAUUUGCGAUGGAGAUGCUGCUUGUGUACUGUCUCGUACCGCUCCUGGUGACUGGCCGAAGUGAAAAUGUCAUGCCCACCGUGACAGUUCCAGUGGGACAAGAUGUGAACCUGACAUGCAGCCAUGCCUCCUCAACUGUGAUGAAAGGAAACUUGUUUUGGAUACGGAUUUCUGCCGUGAACACUCCUCAGGUGUUGGCGUCCGCUAACCGCUAUGGUGAAGUUCAGGUUGCCGGCCCUUCCCGUGUCACGGCGAGUCAAGACGAUGUUGAGAACUUCCAUCUGCAGCUCAGGGAGAUGCAGCUGGAUGACGCUGGAUUUUACUUCUGCAUCGAAGUUUGGCUUUUAGAUAUACAUUUUUUGUCCAAGGCAGCGUUGCAAGUGAAAGGAGCCGAACCUGAUGUCCUAGCUGUCGAACAGAACUUCUCCAUCAAGAAUAACACUGUGGAGCUUCAAUGUUCAGUUCUAUCUCAGUAUGGUAAAGACGUGUGUGCAGGUGAAGAGACAAUUCACUGGUUCAAGUUCGGAACGCCGGGAUCAGCAAAUGUGCUGGUCACACAUGAGAGAAGAGGAGAUGAAUGUGAGCAGGACUCGACCACCAGACUGCAGAGAUGCAGCUACAGGAUCUCCCGAAAUAUCAGCUCUGAUGAUGAGACUCUCUACUGCGCUGUGGCCUCAUGUGGACACAUUUUGUUCGGAAAUGGGACAAAUAUCACAAGCAAAGGUAGGAAAUCAAAUUCACAUGAGAGAACUCAAGCCUACUCUGUUAUUCUGUUUUUGUCUUUCUUCCCAGUGUCUGGUCACUGGCAACAGACUCUGCAGUUCGUGAACGGUGCGGCUGUCGCUUUCAGUCUGGGAGUGCUUUUUCUUCUGAUUUACAUGAUAAUGAAGAAAGAAAAUUGUUUUGAAUUUGAAGAGUCAUCUUUUCAAGCAGCGAUUGGGAAAAGUCAAUACAAGUUGUCGGAGCUUGAGGACUUGAGUCUCUGCUCUGUGGUGAGAUACACUCAGAAGAAAGCUGACAAAGGUGGACCGCUGAGACCGUCUGCACUGAUCAGGAGAGAUGGAGCCCUCUAACUGAUCCCCCGCACUCGUGGAUCAGCACGUGUGUGUUGGUGUCGACUGCCAUGCGUAUGUCCU